AUGCCUCUAUUCCUCAUCUUUCUCGCUCUUUCUGUCUGUUCAGCUGCACUGCAGAGUCGGCAGUCUCCCGUCCAAACUCCGUUCAGCUUGUAUGGAUACGGCAACAACAUUGACGGUCUUUCAGUCUUCUAUGCGGAUGGACAAGCUCAGCUUGGGGACAUGUCGUUGUCGAAUGCCACAGAUAAGAUGUCUUUUUCCGUGACAUAUGGCUCCAAUCCUCAAACCUGGAUCGCCCGACCCCAUUCCACAUCGGGAAACGCCGUCCUCGUGGAUGACGGCACGACCUCGAACAGCAGCAUGAUGGGCCUGAGCCAGAGCAGUGCGCUAGCAAAUGCCGUUACAUUCAUCCCGAAUAAUAAUGAUUUGACUCCGGGAGGUACAUCAGGAAACCUCACUGACGUGUGGACUCUAUAUGGAAGUUAUGUUUUGCUGACGCCACCUGGCGCUAACUUUUACGCCAAAGCCACUGAGCGGGAUGGCUGGUACCUUUUGCUAUGGAGCCAGUCUGUCAAGGCGUCACUUGACUACGUCCCGAUUACCUUAACCACCAAUGCGCCUUUAGCUAGUAGCUCAAUUGUGGAUGAAACCGACGUGGAGAUUAUUGGGUGA